AUGCAGACUGCUUCUAAAAAACAUUUGUGAAAGAAUGGGUCACUCUCAGGAGCUCAGUGAAUUCAAGCGUGAUACUGUGAUAGGUUGCCACCUGUGCAAUAAGUCCAUCUGUGAAAUUUCCUCGCUACUAAAUAUUCCACGAUCAACUGUUAGUGGUAUUAUAACAAAGUGGAGGUAAUUGUGAACAAUAGCCACUCAGCCACAAAGUGAGCGGGGGUCAGCGCAUGCUGAACCGCACAGUGCGCAGAAGUCGCCAACUGAUGCACAUUCAAUAGCCAAAGACCUCCAAACUUCAUGUGGCCUUCAGAUUAGCACAACAGUGCAUAGAGAGCUUCAUAAAAAGGGCUUCCAUGG